AUGGGGCAUACUGCAAGCAAGAACAAUACCUACGCCUACCAUCCAGCCAAAUCAGAUGAUAACGUAUAUCUAAGGUCAGAGUUCAAGGCCAUGGACACAGACGCAGACGGCAAAUUGACCCGGCAAGAGUUCGCCAGGCUUCUCGUUUUCCUAGGAUACGAUGGCGAUUAUGAUAGACUAGAGAUAUUACUUAGAGCUCUAAACAAACAUAGCUCUGAUUAUGUAAAAAUGGACGAAUACAUGGAGUUACUGGAAUAUAAUCCGGAUUUGAUGAGGAGAACCAGUAGAAUGAGAGUCAUUUUUGGGGCCUUCGAUGACAAUAAAAGUGGAUUCGCUGACAAAUCAGUGGUCGGAUUGAGACUCCGGCAAAUGGGAUACCAAGUUAAUGAAGCAAUGAGACAAAAAUUUGAAGAUUUAGAUGAAAACAAAGACGGAAAAAUAAGUUACGAAAAGUUUCUGCGUAAUCAUCUUGAACUCAAGGGAUUCUUGUCCUGAAUUUUCAUUGAGAGGCGUAAACAUAACUUCUGUGGUUACAGGACAAAUAGUUUUCCACUAAUUAUUAGUUUUAAAGAGAUGGUGUCUCUUGUAACGAUACAGAAGGCAAAACUGUGAUGAAAUGUACUUGGAACAACAGGCAGAUAGAUUCACCGUUCUGCAAACAUCGGCAGAUUCCGGCAAAUUCGGCCGAUUCCGUACCUACAUCUAAUGCUCCGUGCAGCGUACGUAAAAGAGAUAACUUAGGAGGGUAUAAGUCUAAAAAUUAUUUCCCUGCCAUAUGGCUUUGCCUCACGUUAAAUCCACGUCCUUUUUUUGGC